UUGGAAGAAAAUCGAAAAGUUGAGGAAAUUGGAAAGAAUCCACAAGAUAUUGCAGUAUCAAAAGAUAAUAAUGAAAAUAAUUUGGGAAAAGAAGCAAAUAAAAAGAAAGUGGAAUCAAUAAAAAUGAAAAAGGAAAAUGUGCCAAAUGAUGAACAGAAUGGAGGGAAAACAAAAACGGAAGAACAGAAAAAUGAUAUGUAUUUUUAUUUGGAUGCUUCAAAACUUCCAAAACUUGAUAGCACAAUUUGUGAAAACAUUUAUACACGUAGGUUCUAUAAAGUUUCAAAAGUUAUGCUAACUCAUCUUGUUCAUUUCAGCUGCUGUUCAUGAUCGCGCCAAUAAAAUAGCUCAUGAUCAUCUAAUAAUCGAUCCAAAAUAUUCAGAAUAUCGUGGAAAUAUCGAUAUGCUUUCAGUAAGUAACAACAAAGAUCAACUGACAUAAUUGUAUGAUUUUUUAGAAUGAAUUGAAGCAAAAUAAAUUGGAUCAAUUCGAGAAAGAUCUUGAGAAUAACAAUAAAUCGGAAGCGACUGUUGAAGCAUCGAAAAAAGCAAAAGAAAUAAGGGUAGGUAUUAGUUUUGAGAAAAAUUCUGAAUCAGACAGAUUUUGAAAAUGGUUUAAUUUUUUGUUAUCUUGCAAUAACCGUUAUUGAAACACCCUAUUUUUCAGGUAAAAGUUCGAGAGGAUAAAUGUGUUGUUUUCGAGACAAAUGAAAUUCCAACAGAUGAUGAAGAAGAUGAGGGUCAAGCUCAAGAAUAA